UAACGCAGUAGACCCUACGGCCAGUAUUGUAGUAGAAAACAUUGUUUGAGGUUGCAAUCUUCCCUAACAAACGCUUGUCAUAAAUUAAGAUGGAUGAUUAUGACUUAGCAUUAGUAAUGAUUAAUGAAAUAAUUUUUUACUCUAUACAUAAAUGGUAUUUACGAAGAAUCGUCUAAUCAGGUCAAAUAAACAAACAGUUUAAAACUCCAUUCACAUGAAGAAUGAGGCAUGCCUUUGACCAUUGUACCGAGGGAGGAAUGGCAAUCCAUCCCCGUCCGUCCAGAGGACAACCAAGAGAUGAUCUUGCCUGUCAUCUACGUCAUCUUCCAGUUGAGGACAUCCACAGAACCUUGCUACACCAAGGAGGAAUGCAUGAAGACCAUGCAGGAACAGCAGAAACUCUCCAGAUCUGCUCUGGGUCUACACGACAUCAUAUACAAUUUUAUGCUGGGAGGAGACGGCAGAGUGUAUGAAGGAAGAGGGUGGACUGUUGCACCUCCUUAUAUGCCAAAGUGGCGACAUCUCAGGCAGGGCAGAUACCUGUAUGUUGGCAGCAUUGGAGACUAUAAAGAUACGCACCUCUCGGAAGAGAUCUGGUACACUGCAUGGGACUUCAUAGAAUAUGGACUUAAGAAAGAUUACAUAAAAUACAAAGCGCUGUUCAAGUUCGAUUCAUUCACAACUUUAGAAUCUGAUUCAGAAUAUGAGGCAGAUAUGCUAAGUACUUCGAGUGACGAAUCUGGGUAUUUUUGUUCUGAUUAUGAAGAUGAAAGCUUAAAAACCAAACCUACAUAUAGUUAUAAGUAUAAAUAGUGUACAAAAUGUAUCAUAACGUAUGGCAACUAAUA